GAUCCCGUCGAUACUUACACCGUGUAUUAUCGUCCAGCUAUCUGCAGUCUGCUAGCCCGAAUUGCCAUGGCUGCAAGAUUAGGAUUACGAAGAUAUUUUUUGCUUUUUGGACAAAGUCAGAUACUCAGGUACCAAGGUAGAGUGAGACAACUGCAAAACUCGUGGAAGGUAUCAAGAUUGUGGCAGGUGUGUGCCAGCCAUUCUUCCAAGCUGAAACUAGGAUCGUUUUUCUCAACGUCUCUGGCUGCAUCUCGAGGAUUCAGUCUCUGGUCUAGUGAACCAAAAGAGUCGGUGCCAGCUGUCAAGCAAGUCCCUGUCUCUCCCGACGUCGCAGCAAUGGAUGAAGCGGAUCGACUGUACGAUGCCAACAAGUCUACUGAGCUGUACGACCAUCUAGUACGCUUCAAGGACACUACCAACGAUGAGCUUCUUUGGCGCCUUGCCCGGGCCUGCCGCUGUGUGGCUCAGCUAUCCUGCACCAGCAAGGAGGACAAGAAGAGACUGACCUACGAAUCGCUGGACUUCGCUCAGAGGGCCUUGAAGGCAAACGACAAGAACUUUGCUAGCCAUAAGUGGACUGCUAUUUGCUUGAGUGAAGUGGGCGACUAUGAGGGAAUGAAGCAGAAGAUUCUAAAUGCAUUCGUCAUCAAGGAGCACUUCUUGCAAGCCAUUGAAUUGAACCCCAAGGAUGCAACAUCUGUACAUUUGCUUGGUCUGUGGUAUUUCACAUUUGCUGAUAUGGCAUGGUACCAGAGGAAAAUAGCUGCCACCAUCUUUGCCUCACCUCCUUCGGGAACAUAUGAAGAGGCUCUGAGAAUGUUUCUUUCUGCAGAGAAAGUUUCGCCCAACUUCUACAGCAAGAAUCUGUUGAUGCUGGGCAAGACAUAUCAAAAGCUGGGUGACAACAAGUCGGCUCUACUUUAUCUGACCAAAACUCGAGAUUACCCUCCCAAAACGGAAGAAGAUAACCAGGUACUUGAGGAGGCUGUAGCAAUUCUAGCAUCAAUGGGACACAAGUAACCAUGACAACCAUAGCACAUCAUAGGACCAACAUGCCAUCGUACUUCAAAAGUGUUCAAAUAGAUGCAUAUACACCUCAGUAAAUUAGUGCAGUACAGUUGAACUGUUAUGUAACAGAAAUAUUCUUGGUUUUUGUUUUUAUAUCUGGUUAGUGUAUUAAAGACUAAGCUUGAUGAUGGAAUAAUAGUUUAUGGAUAUUGCUCUUAUUGUUGGAUGUAUAUAUUUUUGUCCUUCUAAAUUCAUGAUUAUUGUGAUCUUGUACUAUCUUUUAACCAGGGUAAGAGUGUAGGCAUUGAAUGCAUACAUACAUUGUAUCUCAUGAUGAUCAUGCUGAUCAUUCAAGCUUCCCGUGGUAUAUUUAUUUUCAUUAUGUGUGUGCAAUGAAAACGGUAUCUACCGGUAUUCCAUUUUAACAGUCAUCUAUGUUUUUCCACUAUCCUACAUCAUUUUGGAUGAAUUGUUCAGAGUUUAUGAUUAAAGAUAAACUUGAGUUCUGGUAAUGCGAUUGCAUUGUGAAAGAAAAGGUGUGGAAUGGAUCAGAAAAG